GGGCUGCGUGCAUGUGCGCUCCUGCGGAGUGAAACGCAUUAGCGCGUUAAAAAGCGAACAGACUUGCUCGAGAAGCGUGUGAUCAGAAAUUAAUCUUUUAUUUCCUGCAAAAGUCCUUUAAGUGCCAGAGAUGUCAAAGGGCACGGUGGUCUUGGCGUACAGCGGUGGUCUGGACACUUCUUGUAUCCUGGUAUGGCUCAAGGAACAGGGUUAUGAUGUCAUCGCUUACCUGGCCAACAUCGGACAGGACGAGGACUUUGACGCUGCCCGCGAGAAAGCUGAGAAACUUGGUGCCAAGAAGGUUUACAUUGAGGACCUGCGUUCUGAAUUUGUGGAGGAGUUCAUCUGGCCGUCUGUGCAGGCCAACGCCGUAUAUGAGGACCGCUACCUGCUGGGCACAUCUGUCGCCCGGCCGUGCAUCGCCCGACGACAGGUUCGGAUCGCCCAACAGGAGGAGGCUCAGUAUGUUUCCCACGGGGCCACUGGAAAGGGAAAUGAUCAGAUUCGAUUUGAACUGACAUGUUACGCUUUGUACCCUGAAGUGAAGAUCAUCGCCCCGUGGAGGAUUCCACAAUUCUACAACCGUUUCUGUGGCAGAAAGGAUCUGAUGGAGUAUGCUGAGAAACAUGGCAUUCCUGUACCCGUCACGCCGAAGGCUCCUUGGAGCAUGGAUGCAAAUCUCAUGCACAUCAGCUACGAGUCUGGAAUUCUGGAGAAUCCGAAGAAUCAUCCGCCUUCAGAUCUGUAUCAAAUGACAAAGAGCCCAGAAGAUUCACCCAACGAGCCAGACCUGCUGGAGAUUGAGUUCAACAAAGGAGUGCCGGUCAAAGUGACUCAUGUCAAAGAAGGAAAAUCCAAACACACCUCGCUGGAGAUCUUUAGUUACCUCAAUGAGAUCGGUGCCAAACACGGCGUGGGCAGAAUUGACAUUGUGGAGAAUCGAUUCAUCGGAAUGAAGUCAAGAGGUAUCUACGAGACGCCUGGAGGAACAAUCCUGCAUCACGCUCAUCUGGACAUCGAGACCUUUACCAUGGACCGGGAGGUCCGCAAAAUCAAACAGAGCCUCAGCAUCAACUUCUCCGAGCUCAUUUAUAACGGGUUCUGGUACAGCCCGGAGUGUGAGUUUGUCCGUCACUGUAUCCAGAAAUCACAGGAGAACGUCGAGGGCCGUGUGCAGCUCUCGGUGUUUAAGGGUCACGUGUACAUCCUCGGCCGCGAGUCGCCCAAAUCUCUCUACAACGAAGAGCUUGUCAGUAUGGACGUGCAGGGAGAUUAUGACCCGUGUGACGCGUCCGGCUUCAUUAAGAUCAAUGCGGUCCGGCUUCGAGAACACAACCGUCUUCAGCGAGCCGCUCACCAGAAGCUCUGAGUUUGUUUUGAAGCAUUUCAAUCGUGAUCAAGCUGUUAUGUUUAUCCGUGACGUCGCUCGCCUACAAAUGAAUAAAAACACAGAAAGUUACAA